AUAGCGUGUGGCGCCCUCCCUGUCUUGUCAAUCCUGUUUAAUUAAGGUUAUGCAUUGUUUUUAUUAUUUCAAAUUCAUAUCCAGAAGGUACAUAAAUUUUCCAUUGUAGCUGUGAUACUGUUAACAUAAUUAAUUAACGAACGGAGUACAGUGUGAUAAUAACAACAGAUUUAAUUUCACCGAUGCGACGUGCAAUAUUUGACAUUAAUACGCAAUGGCUUCGAAUUUACCGAAAGCAAAAGUGAAAAUUCCAUCGAUACCGGGCACCAAACCUUCCACUCAAAAUGCCCAAUUACUUAUAUCAACAGGAAUUCCAUCACUCGACAAUAUCAUAGGGGGAGGCUUACCUAUCGGCUCAAUUCUCCUAAUAGAGGAAGACACCUACGGAAAUUAUGGAAAAAUCGUGCUUAAAUAUUUUCUUGCGGAGGGAGCUGUGGUAUCUCACUCGUUGUUUGUAGCAUCCCAAGACACAAAACCAGAGCAACUGAUAUCAGAGCUGCCAGCUGUCGUGGAAGAGUCUCCAGGUGCACCAAACGAGAUGCCUACAGAUGAGAAAAUGCAAAUUGCCUGGAGAUACCAAAACAUGCGAAUACUGGACUCCUCCCCCAAGAAUCGUCAUAUAUUCGGUCACUUCUACGAUUUAACGAAGAAAAUUGAUCAAGAGAUGUUGAAUAAUACCGACAUAACCCUUUGGAAUGGAGA